AGAAUUCCAAGAUGGACAACGUAUAAGGGCACGGAGCAGAGAUACCAGACGAUUAUAGUUUCCAUGAAAAAAAAAAAUUCCUCGUCACCAUGAGCUUGCAGGUUCUCUGUCCUUUCUGUCUGAAGGAAAAACAUUUCCGAAAAACAACCCCGGAUUUACGAGACCACGUUCUACGAGAACAUAAACGAGAUGUUGACCGGCUUGGGUCUCUCAAAAACGACCUCUUUACAGAGUCAAAUGGAUUCUGGUUUUCGUUUGUUCCACAUGAAUAUCGACAAUAUAUUGAACCUUCGGAUCCCAAGAGUUCCUGCGCAAGCGCAGCCCGGGAUCUUGUGAGGAACUGGCUUGCGAAAGUAAGGGAGUCAAGUCGCUCCAUUCACGAUUGGGAACGAGGCUGGAAACUGGCAGAGGAGGGGAAAUCGAGGGUUAGUGGGAAGAGAAAUAUGGAGAGACCACUUUUGAUGGACAUAAAUGGUGCCUCGGAACAUGUUGAUCAAUCAGAACCUUGUGUAAAAAUCAAUAAAUCGGAUGCAUAUUCCCCCCGCAGACCCGCCAUCACUCGAGAUCAGCUGGUGAUCCACUCCAUCUACGACACAGUGGACGGUAUCUCUGCUCUUCUAUAUACAGAGGGCCAAUGCCAGAUCUGGUACCGCUGUAUCCUGGCCAAAGAAAUCACAUCAGAUCCAAGAUCCUAUGUAAACAUUGUUCAUAAGAAGGCUGCGUUAAAACAGAAUUACAAUGAACCUCCCACUAGUAUGAAGGAAGUCAAUACAAAUCACCUGAGGAUGAAAGACACCAUUGCGACCACACUAGGAAUACCCUCUCGACUGGUGGCAAAGGUCACGUAUGGCAUUAAAUUAUACCAACCGUCCAAGAAUCAAGCCAGCAGAACGUAUUCACCGACGAUAAUGACUCCCCUUCAUGACCUCUGGGAAGAGGACAACCAUCCGAUGCCUGAUUCUCACAUCCGAUCUCCGGUCAUGCUGAACACCAGCUCUCGUACGGGAAUGGAUAAUGGGGACGAAGUUAUGCUCUCUGAUUUAGAUGAACUUUUGGAAAAUGAUGCCGAGUCACGGGGGGAAUACAGGGGAAACACCUUUCUUAGACCCGAUGACGUCAAGACUGAAUUUACUUCCGAAACUUCUACCUCUGAACUCGCUACGGAAACAGGUUCCUCAGUAGACUCGGGGUAUUUCGAUCUUGGAAAAGAAAAGCAUUUGUCAGAGGUCAUCAUGCAUUCAACAAAUAAGCAGUCCCAUCAAUCACCUGCGAAAUAUGAGAACGAUGGUGAAGUAAUUGUUCUGGACACAACCAUUCCAGCAACCCAUUCUCGUAAAACAGCUCUCGAAUUUUUAAGCACCGGAGUUAUGCCUAUCAUCCCGCCAGCGAAGCGAGAGUGGACAGACGUGCGCCCUCUGGCGCUGCUGACUGACCCACAGCCUCUGUACUGGCCCCCGAAAGACUGGGAGAAUCUCAGUCCGGAUGCGCGCCUGUUUGCGUGGGAAAUGGCAGCAUUUAGACUUCACACUUCCGGUAGACAACCAAAGCCAUUGGAUUGGGACCGAGUAUCCGUACUGACCAUUUACAAUAUGUUGGCACUUCCGGGGACGGCAAAUUUGUCUGUUGAGGAACCAAGGCGAGAAGAGACGGAGGUGAGGCUAUGUAACUUUAACAUGAUGAAGAAAAUUGUUCUUCACGGGACCAAAAGCCAAACCGAGCGGAUGUUUCUGAGAAUGAUGGAACAAGCUUCUGUCCACCGUGAGCGUUCGACAGACUGGCUUACCACUCUCUUAGACGCUCACAACGUUAGACUUCGCUUGACAAAAUGAGCUAUGUAUCUUUGAAAUUUUGAAUUUUAACGGAUCGACAAAGGAAGGUGUUCAAUCGUUCUUUUACGUAUUCUGUAUUACAGAAAGACUGUAUAAGCUGAGAUUCCAUACAGCUCUUUUGUUUUUAAUGUUCCCUCUGUUUUCUUCUCCUUUAUUAUUCUGUUAGAUAUUUUGUGUUUUUCAUAUUGUUUUCAUGAUUUUUGUGGCAUAUAUUUUGUUAUAUGUACCUUUCAAAAACCAUAAAGGAAGAAAAUGGCCCAUAAAAGGAAGUAUUUUACUGCGUGGAUAUAAUGAUAUUUGAUAAUAUCUUAUUAGCGCGUGAACGAGGGAAUCAGUGCUGAUACAACUGCUCGAGUUUAGCCAAAAAAGACUAAUUUUUUCAUGUAAAUUGCAUGUUUAUAAAUCUAUGAUCUAAAUUGAUAGUGUUUGUGUCUUUGUUUCCUUUUUAGAAAAACCAAACUCAAAGAAUAGAUCGGACCGUAGUAUAUCCAUUUUAUUUUAGUUUUACAAAUUAGCUUAUAAAUAUUGUAGUCUAUAUUUGAAUAGCUUUGAAUAUCAAUGAACAAAAUUUUGUCAAGACGAAGAUGCGACUGGGAAACCAGUUGAAGCUAGAUAAUUUGGCAGGGGAUGGGUGUCUCGGUGCAUCUAUGAUGUUUUAAAUCUUGUAGUAGUUCCAACCCGCGUGUGUGAAUGUAUGUAUUUACAUAAUAUGAUAUAUAUUAAAUAGAGUAUGAACAUGGUUCGAUUUUAAUUUUUACCGAUUUUGUGUUAUUCUUAGGUACAGAAUGAAAUUAGAAAGAGUUUUGAACUGACAAAUAUUCGCAAUGGAUAAGUUUCAAGCCUAAACAGAGAAGCUUUUGUGUGUUUCUAGGUCGGACUUGCAACCAAGUUUCUGGCACAUUCUCCCUUUAGCACCUCAAAUUGACACUUCAAAUGUUUAUAUUUUUUAAAAUUGCAUAUCUACAUCUAUGAGGACAAUUGGAACGGAUAUCAAAGAUAAUUCACCCAACAACAAAAGCAGAGUAAUGGGGAAAACGAACUCAGUAUUGAUUUUAUUUUAGUUUUUUUUACUACAGUGACAUGCACGUACAAUACUACAGACAUGUGUACAUAUACACGUGUACAACAAUACAUUUAUAGACAUGUGUACAACAAUACAUUUAUAAACAUGUGUACAACAAUACAUUUAUAGACAUGUGUACAACAAUACAUUUAUAGACAUGUGUACAACAAUACAUUUAUAUACAUGUGUACAACAAUACAUUUAUAGACAGGUGUACAACAAUACACUUAUAUACAUGUGUACAACAAUACAUUUAUAGACAUGUGUACAACAAUACACUUAUAUACAUGUGUACAACAAUACAUUUAUAGACAUGUGUACAACAAUACAUUUAUUUUAUAGACAUGUGUACAACAAUACAUUUAUAGACAUGUGUACAACAAUACAUUUAUAUACAUGUGUACAACAAUACAUUUAUAGACAUGUGUACAACAAUACAUUUAUAGACAUGUGUACAACAAUACAUUUAUAUACAUGUGUAUAUAUACAUGUGUACAACAAUACACUUAUAUACAGGUGUACAACAAUACAUUUAUAUACAUGUGUACAACAAUAUACUUAUAGACAUGUGUAUAUAUACAUGUGUACAACAAUACAUUCAUAGACAUGUGUACAACAAUACAUUUAUAGACAUGUGUACAACAAUACACUUAUAUACAUAUGUACAACAAUACACUUAUAUACAUGUGUACAACAAUACACUUAUAUACAUGUGUACAACAAUACAUUUAUAGACAUGUGUACAACAAUACAUUUAUAUACAUGUGUACAACAAUACACUUAUAUACAUGUGUAGAACAAUACAUUUAUAUACAUGUAUACAACAAUACACUUAUAUACAUGUGUACAACAAUACACUUAUAUACAUGUGUACAACAAUACAUUUAUAGACAUGUGUACAACAAUACAUUUAUAUACAUGUGUACAACAAUACACUUAUAUGCAUGUGUACAACAAUACAUUCAUAGACAUGUGUACAACAAUACAUUUAUAUACAUGUGUACAACAAUAAAUUUAUAGACAUGUGUACAACAAUACAUUUAUAGACAUGUGUACAACAAUACAUUUAUAGACAUGUGUAACAUAUACACUUGUACAACAAUACAUUUAUAGACAUGUGUAACAUAUACUUGUGUACAACAAUACAUUUCUAAACAUGCAUAAAUCAUCACAUCCGAUCAGCUAGAUCUACAUGUCACUAGUAAAGUGUGAUCAUGGAUUAAAAUGCUAUGAAAAGCAAUUAAUGAAAGGACAACCUUUUGCACCUAAAAUGUCAAGAAACUAUAUAUGUAAAUUUUAUGUUUUGAUCAAGUUUCCCAGAGAAUUUAACUUUUUGUUUGUUUGUUUGUUUGUUUACUUGUUUUGGAUCAAUCUAAAUUACUCAGCCACAUGCAUUUUGAAAUGUGGGGAUCAGUGUUUAAAUUACUGGAAUAAAGAAUCGUAAUAUUGGGAUGAAAUUAAACAGAGCUCUUUAUUGAUACUUGAUUUAUAACUAAACCUCUACUGCAAUUAUAUAUAUGUCGAAAAUAUGCGAUAUCAAUUUUUGAAAGUUUAUUCAUUAAUUUAUUUUUUGGCCUUCGAUGAAAAAAAGUUGACAAAUAAUUUGAAUAAAUCAAUGUGAAGGGGUGUGUUUUAUAUGGCUUGAAAUUGAAAACUUGUACAAUUUGAAUAAAGUUCGUUUACAGGUUUUGAUUCUCGAAAUAGAUUGAUCCCAGUUUGGAUAGCACUUCGCCGGAUUAGUAACAAAUUCCUUCAAAACCAAUGCUUUUAUUAUUUUGUUUCUCGUUCUCGGGAGUUAAAUAUAAAAAUGUUAAUUGAAACUCAUUCAACUGUUCAUUACUACACUGUAAUAAACUAGUUUGAACAUAGGAUUUCUCCUAGCGUCAGUUGAGUAGGAACAUAAUAAUCAGCACAAAAAUAAAAUGAAAUCAACUUUUAAAAAAAUCAAGUAAAAUCUUUUUAGCAUAGAUAAUUUACGAUAUUUUGUGGACACGUCGUUUAACCAAACGAAAAUAAGUAUGUUGCCACCUUUUUUUAAGUUGUCAGACAAACAAAAACAGAAGUAUAGGUCAAUAUCAGAAAAUCACACAUUUUGAUGAAAAUACAUGUAGAUUAAAAACUUGUUGAAAUGACAAAUUUUUGAUGUCAACAAUUUAGAAAAAUUGCUAAAUUGAAAAGUAUAUAUAACUCAAUUGUGAAUAUUAGGGAAAUAUAAUAGACACACAACAGAGAAGAUACCAGCAUAGGAGUUAUUGCCCUUGACAACAUUCUCGAAAUUAUAAAUAAUUAAUUAUUCAUGGAAAAUAUAAACCUUUUCACUAUCAAUAGUUUACCAGAAUUUUUAUUUUAUCCAGUGAAUAAAAAAAUUCUUUGAAAGAAUAUUUCUAUCAUGCACAAAGUUUAAUUUAGUAAAGAUUUUUGCAAAAACCUAUGACCUCACAUGAAGAUCGAACUACCUUAAUGAAUAAGUGUAGAAAAAAAAAGUCUAUGUGGCACUAAUAUUAACACGCUUCAGUAAUCUUACUUUGCAUGGGAAAAAAAAAGUACGGUGUCAAUAACUGAAAAGGAGAGGGGAAUAACAAUUGAACAUUUUAAUUUAUGCAUAAUUCUUUUAAAAUUUUGCAUGUAGCAUGGCCCUUCCUGAUUCCACGUGCCUUACCAUGGAAACUAUAUUGUACAUUAUAUAAUGACAAUGUAUUUGCUAUAAAAUUCACUCGCAAAUUUUUUCAUUGUAAUUUCUUUGGACAUCGUGGGUUCAAAUACAAAUUGAUUAGAUAAAUAAAACGCAUUCAUACAAAGACGUGGACUCUCGAGAGAAUAACAUAUAUCAUUUAAUAGAUUAAACAUGAAGGCAAAAUGUUUCUAUAAGAUUUAUUACAUGUAUUUUUUUUUUCCGAUAUAGAGAAUUCCAAUUUUAUCAGAUUGAAUUUUUUCCAAAUGUUUAGAUAUUCGCUGCGCGAUUUGUGUUAAGUCGUCAAUAUUAGUGGGAGUACGUCUAAAUAAUAGAUUUGACAGUUUGAAGUGAGAAAUUUAUAUCAAAAUGUCGUGGGAAGGAUUCAAGAAGCAAUUCAAUAAAGCAAAUCAGUAUAUGAGUGAAAAAAUUGGUGGUGCAAAAGGAACAGAACUGGAUGAUGAGUUCGUAGAAAUGGAAAGGAGAAUUGAUGUGAUGGGGAAGUUGGUUGAUGACUUGAUUUCAAAAACACAGGAAUAUCUCCAACCAAACCCAGCGUCUAGAACAAAGAUGAUGGUUGUAAAUAACUUCUCAAAAGUGCGAGGAAAUACGAAAAACAUUUCCUACCCCCAGCCAGAAGGGACGCUGGGGGAACAUAUGAUUCGGCAUGGCAAGGACCUUGGGGAAGAUAUGAUGUUUGGGGAAUGUCUCCAGGAUGCAGGGGAAGUGUUCAAACAGCUAGCUGACCACAAGUAUGCACUGGAGGACAAUGUGAAACAGAACUUCCUGGGUCCCCUGGCAGACCUCCAGUCAAAGGACCUAAAGGAGGUCAAUCACCACAGAAAGAAAUUGUCUGGGAGGAGACUGGACUUUGACUGCAAGAAAAGGAAGAAAGAUAAAGAGGCUGGUGCAAAGACUGCAGGGGCAAGUGUGUCGGAUGAAGAAAUUCGAGCAGCAGAAGAAAAGUUUGAUGAAUCCAAGGCACUUGCAGAAAAUGCUAUGCACAACUUGCUGGAAAAUGAGGUGGAGCAGAUUGCCCAGCUUCAGUCAUUCAUUGAGGCCCAAAGGGACUACCACAAGGAUGCGGCGUCACUCCUGGAUGAUUUGCUGGAUAACGUAGAGCAAAAACGAAAUGAAGCUGUAUCCAGACCAAAGAAGGAGUUUGUACCAAAGUCCUCCAGCCGGAUUUCAACAGCCUCAAACCACAUGUAUGACACAGCCGACAGCUAUACAUUCAACCACUCACCCCCUGCAACCAAAAAGGAACCAUGUGCAAAGGCCUUGUAUGACUUCGAACCUGAAAACGAGGGAGAGCUAGGCUUCAAUGAAGGAGACAUUGUCAAACUCAUCUCUCAAAUUGACGAGAACUGGUAUGAGGGCUCGCUGAAUGGUCAGACCGGAUUCUUCCCUGUGAAUUAUGUGGAGGUUGUUGUAGAUCUUCCUCACUGAGCUGCCUAUACAAAUAUGCCACCAGAAAAAAACUGGCCAGGUGGGGGUCAUGUGAAUCACCCCUCUGGUAGACAAAGGGACUUGUUAGUUAAUUGUCAGUAGUUUAAUUCCUUCUAGCUUGCUGCCACUUCUUUGACAAAUGCCUAUUAAAAGUAUCUGUGUAAGACAGUGGGGUGUACCAAAACUCCCGUACACCGUGUUCUCAGGGCAUUUUGUAGGUGGUUCUUUAGAAUCUUAUGGUUUCAAUGUACCUUGCUCUCCUCUAUGAGAUUAUCCUUUACACUUGUUUUAGUCUCUUUAAGAUUUUCAUGAUAGUUUGGUGCUUGUAGGAUAUUAUUUGACAUGAAUUGAUAUGAGACAAUGACUGAAUUUUUUUCUGUGUCAAUUCUUCCUUUUUACCUUUUGUCUUGCCAGAUAAAGACCUCCACAAUGUGCACUUUAAAAAUUAAUAAAUAAACCAAACAAGAAUGUGUGCAUUAAUGCAUUAACACAUUGUAAGAAAAUAGUACAAGUUUAUUAUAUUAAUCAUGAUCAAGUAUUUAAAAAUAUGUAUUGUAUAUUAUUCUGAAAUAGCUAUCAAGAGAUGAGUCUGUAAUGUGCAUAAACAUGACAUGGUAUAGUUUUGGUGUUUUAGUUGUGAUACUUGGUAUCAAUCAGUCAUGUAGAAAUAUAUGUGUGGGCAGCUGUCAUAGAAAGCUCAAUUCUACUUACUGCUUGUGUUACUGGAAACAUAACGUAUUCUUUUAUUGCAAGUGUGCUUUUCACUGUGACCAAAGACAAAUGUAGCUCGCAUACCUCUAAUGCUGAAGAACAUUGCUGAAGAACAAAAUUCACCAUUUUUUGUUCUAGAACCAAAAGCAGUUUCAUUUUUAUUUGCAAAUUUAUUAUACAUAAUUCUCACCAAAAUGCCCACAUAUUGAUUGCUUUAAAUUCUAGUUACCAUUUUUGUAUAUAAAUAUAAACUAACCUUUCAUGUUCCUAAAAUUAUGUAUAUUUUAUCAAUGAUCCAGGUUUUUAAAAUUAAUUUUGUUAGAAGUUAAAAAUUUAUUUGUAAUGGUCAUAUGCUGUGCUGAGUCCAUGACCAACCAAUUAAAACCACCUCCCUACAGAAAUACCCCAAGAUGCUUACACCUCCGUUAGAUAGACAUCCAACACCCAACCCUCCCUUCAGAAAUACCUCCCAACACAUUGACUCCUCUGUUCAUAAAUAUCCCCAGUGCACUGACACCUCCAUUUAGAAAUUUUAACUUUUUUAUUUUUUGGACAUCCCCAUUGGAUAAUUUCACCCUCCUUUCUCACCGAAACUUCUGCUGGUCAGAAUUUACAGUCCUUUUGAUUUGUGUUGAAUUUGCUUACUGAAAAUUGUAAAGUAUUGAGGUCUCCCGAUUUGCUGCACAGUGAAAUUUUGACGGAGUGGUCAGCCCCUGAUUCGUGUUUAGUGUUUUUUUUUUUUUAAAUGCUUAAUGGGUAUAUGAAUUAGUUGUCAAGAAACAUUUCCAACCAGAUAUUGGUAAUGGCAGAGAAUCUUAGCUUGUUGGAAUGGAUUUAAAUUCUAUUAGAGAUUAUAAUUCUUUUAUCUUCUACUUUGCAAUAUCUGAAUUCCCCCUUAAAUUCCCCCUCAAAGUUUUUCUCAGAAACCAGCAUGGAUACCCACUUUUGAGUUGGUUGUAGCAUUUCAUUGUUACUUGACAUGUCAGGCAUAUGUUAAUUUGUCUCCUAAACUGUUGUAGUUCAUUCUUUGUCUGGUAUGCUAAAUAAAUGUUUCUAUCGACAAAAUUUUGUUUCUAUAUUUUUUGUUUGCAUGUACAUUAUGAUUCAUGUCAAAUCUUGAAAUGCUUGCUGCAAGCUUCCAUUUCAUUUAUUAUAUAGCUGUGUUUCAGGAAAAGGUUGAAAAUAAAGUUGAGGUUUGGUUACUGUGAUAUGCUUGCAUUUUAUUUGUGACUUAGACAAAUGAAACAAAUCUUUUAGAUUUUAGAAUAUUUUUAAGUUGUAUAUUGUGCAUCAAAACAAUAAGUUUUCAAACCAUGAUUGUUCAGUGUGAUGAUUUGAUUUUUAAUGAUUUCGAAUAUGAUUGUCCACUUUUGAGAAUCUCUUUCCAAAUGCACUGAUAAAUAGGUGGUAUUCAGAAUGCUUCACUAUUUGUAAAUUUUGCAGGUUUGUUUUUUUAAAAUGUAUUUCAUUUUAUUUGAAUUGGCGUGUAAUUUUUACAUACUGUAAAAUUAGUAAUUAAAUGGAAUUUCGUUGUUAUAACUUAUAAGAUACUGUUUUGAUUGGAAUUAGUGUGAAUGAAUUGGGAUGUGAGUUAUGUUAAUAAAGUAUCGUUAUAGAUCUAUUACAUGGAA